AUAACUGAAAGAUAAUUUUGGCACCUGAAAUUCCAACAAAAGUCCAAAUGUGUGGAUCAAUACAAAAGUUGAUUUUUUUUUCUUUUUUCUAUAUAAACAUUUUCUCUCUAUAUAUAUACUCACGUUUCAUUUUUUUCCCCCUACAUUUUCAUACAAUUUACAAAAAUUAUAAAUUAAAAAUUCUCAAGAUUUCCAGUUUCAUCUCUUCACCACCCACCCCUAUCUCUGUUUCUUGUUUUGGUUAGCUGGAAUUUUGCAUUCAAGGUUUGUUCGUCGUGCUUCUGAAAGCUAGGUUCAUGUCUGAGCUCGAUAUCCAAGUCCCUACCACCUUUGAUCCGUUCGCUGAUGCAAAUGCUCAGAACUCAGGCGCUGGUGCGAAGGAGUAUGUGCAUAUCCGCGUUCAGCAGAGAAAUGGAAGGAAAAGUCUGACCACCGUUCAAGGCCUGAAGAAAGAAUUCAGCUACAACAAGAUUCUCAAGGACCUCAAGAAAGAGUUCUGUUGCAAUGGUACCGUUGUGCAAGAUCCAGAACUCGGACAGGUUAUCCAGCUUCAGGGCGAUCAGCGGAAGAACGUGUCAACCUUUCUCAUACAGGCUGGCAUUGUGAAGAAGGAUAACAUCAAGAUUCAUGGUUUCUAAACACAAUCAAAGAGAGGGGAUUGAUGCACAUUUUGUGAUUGCAACAUUCACUGUUUGUUUACAUUACAUCAAGCGCGCUACGAGCAACGUUUUUCUUCAAUAUAUAUAUGGCAGAAGCUUGGUAUACUAGUAGCUUGUUGAUGAUCAGUAUAUAUCAAAAGUUGUAUGGUGAAUCCCCAAUGGAGAUGGAGAAUCAGCCCAAAAGUUUACAAGAUCAUUAUAUUCUAUUUUGGAUGAACAUUAUAGUAUUUGUCAUUUUGUAUAUAGUUUACUUAUACGAUCAAUAUACAUUUGCUUAUUUCAUGAGCUUCUUGUUGGUGCUUAAUGUAUUAACUAUUUCGUCCGUUUCAA